AUGCAGCUGACUGUUCCCAAUUUACAGGGUGGCCUGGAGCCCUGGACUGUACCCGCAGCUGGACGGAGGAGCUCCCCGGCUGAGGCCCAGGAGCGUGGCAGAGCAAAGGAAGAAUGGACUGUGGGCCACCUGCAACCCUCCAGCCUCGCCUGGCUGGACCACCUGGCACUGCCCGCCACCCAGUAGCGGUGUGCCAGCAGGAGAGCCUGUCCUUUGUGGAGCUGCCCACUCUGCAGCCUCCGAGCCCAGUGUGCGUGGACCUUUUCCCCCUUGCUCCAGAGUCACUACAAGCUCCUGGUAGCCGCUGGUCCCUGGCGACCCCUGACCCUCUCCAGGGACUGUUAUGGCCGCCAUCCCCAGGAGGCCCAGAUACCCCUAUCUCCACCAGUGGAGGCACGAGGCCCAGCAGGGCUGGCAGCUGGCCCCACUGUCCUGGUGCCCAGCCCCCGGGCACUCUGGUGGGACCCCGGAGCUCUCAGCACAUGCAGCCCCAACGCAGGGCCAGCCACGGUGGCUCAGAGAGGAAGUCAGCCUGGCGCAAGAUGCAAGUAUAUCAUAAUGAGGAAGCCACCGGCGGCACCGAGACUUCCACAGUCCUGGAGACCGGUCAGGCUGUGCAAGAGCACGCUCUGUGUUCGGAAGAACCCAGGGCUCAGGAGCUUUCUGGAAACAUCAGAGGGGGCCUUGAGGCACAGGAGCGGAGGCGCUUCUCCGCCUCAGAGCUGAUGACCAGGCUUCACUCUUCUCUGCGCCUGGGGCGCAGCAGCAGCACGGCCACCAGGGCUCUGACCUCAGCCUCAGGUGCUGCGGUCACCCGGGAAGGGAAAUUGCCUGUGAGGGAAUCCCGAAGAGCGGAGAUGACAGUGGAGAGCGUGUCGCUGCCAGCACCUGCCGACCCAACUGAGGUUCACGGUGGUCUGCUGGAGCCCAGGCUCGACAUGCACGAAAAGCCGUGGCAGGACCCCAGCAGCGCCACUGAGCGGCGCCAGUCCCGCUUCCUCCUUAACUCUGUCCUCUACCAGGAGUACAGCGACGUGGCCAGCGCGCGCGAGUUGCGGCGGCAGCAGCGCGAGGAGGAGGGCCCCGGGGACGGGGCGGAGGAGGGGCCCGGGCCGCCGCGCGCCAACCUCUCCCCGAGCAGCUCCUUCCGCGCGCAGCGCUCGGCGCGAGGCUCCACCUUCUCGCUGUGGCAGGACAUCCCCGACGUGCGCGGCAGCGGCGUCCUGGCUACGCUGAGCCUGCGCGACUGCAAAUUGCAGGAGGCCAAAUUUGAGCUGAUCACCUCGGAGGCCUCCUACAUCCAUAGCCUGUCGGUGGCCGUGGGCCACUUCUUAGGUUCCGCGGAGCUGAGCGAGUGUCUGGGGGCUCAGGACAAGCAGUGGCUAUUUUCCAAACUGCCCGAGGUCAAGAGCACCAGUGAGAGGUUUCUUCACGACCUGGAGCAGCGUCUGGAGGCCGAUGUGCUGCGCUUCAGCGUGUGCGAUGUGGUUCUGCACCAUUGCCCUGCCUUCCGCAGGGUCUACCUGCCCUACGUCACCAACCAAGCCUAUCAGGAGCGCACCUACCAGCGCCUGCUCCUAGAGAACCCCAAGUUCCCCGGCAUCCUGGCUCACCUAGAGGAGUCUCCUGUUUGUCAGCGGCUGCCCCUCACCUCCUUCCUCAUCCUGCCUUUCCAGAGGGUCACCCGCCUCAAGAUGCUGGUGGAGAACAUCCUGAAGCGCACGGCACCGGGCUCCCAAGAUGAGGACAUGGCCACCAAAGCCUUCAGUGCGCUCAAGGAGCUGGUGCAGGAAUGCAACGCCAGCGUGCAGUCCAUGAAGAGGACAGAGGAACUCAUCCAUCUGAGCAAGAAGAUCCACUUUGAGGGCAAGAUCUUUCCACUGAUCUCCCAGGCCCGCUGGCUGGUGCGGCAUGGGGAGCUGGUGGAGCUGGCCCCCCUGCCCGCCGCGCCGCCCGCCAAGCUGAAGCUGUCCAGCAAGGCUGUGUACCUUCACCUCUUCAAUGACUGCCUGCUGCUGUCCCGGAGGAAGGAGCUUGGGAAGUUUGCCGUUUUCGUCCAUGCCAACAUGGCUGAGCUGCAGGUUCGAGACCUGAGCCUGAAGCUGCAGGGUAUUCCAGGCCACGUGUUCCUGCUCAGGCUGCUGCAUGGGCAGCGCGCCAGGCACCAGCUGCUGCUGCGAGCUCGUACUGAAAGUGAGAAGCAACGGUGGAUUUCAGCCUUGCGUCCAUCCAGCUCCCAGGAGGACAAGGAGGUCACCUGGGACGGGGAAGACUGCCCCCAGGUCCAGUGUGUGAGGACCUACAAGGCCCUGCAGCCUGAUGAGCUGACCUUGGAGAAGACAGACAUCCUGGCAGUGAAGACCCGGACCAGCGAUGGCUGGCUGGAGGGCGUGCGUCUGGCUGAUGGUGAGAAGGGGUGGGUGCCACAGGCCCACGUGGAGGAGAUCAGCAGCCUCAGCGCCCGACUGCGUAACCUCCGAGAGAACAAGAGGGUCAGCAAUGCCAGCAGCAAGCUGGGAGACCCGCCUGCCUGACGCUGGACUGGGGCCCGGCUCAAUCCGCUUCCGUGCUGGUGGGCUUCUGUGUGUCUGGGCGCUGGGUGGCGACUGUUCUGUAAAUACGACCUGGCAGCCUGGGCUUACACACAUUCUGAGCCCGGGGCCUUUGCACUGGCUUCUCUGCCCGGAGAGCCCCACCCCAGCCCCAGCAAGAGUGUGCUGGCCAUUGUGUCUGUGGUCACCUGUCUCCAGGUGCCCUGAGGGCAGAGGGGCUGUGUGUCAACCUGCUACUUUCCCCUCCAAGUAGCAAAGUGUCUGAUCCAAGCAGGCUUGAAUAUUAAAGUGACUCCAUGA